CCCCAGCCCGAGCCCGAGCCCGAGCCCGAACCCGAACCCGCGGAGGGCGCUGGGCGGCGGGCGGCGCACGCAGCGCGGGCUGGAAAGGAUGCAAUCGCAGACGCGGGGCCGCCGCUGCAUCUGAGCCGCCGAGAGCACCGAGCGCCGCGUCGCUGCGGGCCCGGCGGCGCCAUGGGGAAGGAGCAGGAGCUGGUGCAGGCAGUGAAGGCGGAGGACGUGGGGACCGCGCAGAGGCUGCUGCAGAGGCCGCGGCCGGGGAAGGCCAAGCUCCUGGGCUCUACCAAGAAGAUCAAUGUCAACUUCCAGGACCCAGAUGGCUUCUCAGCCCUGCACCAUGCCGCCCUGAAUGGCAACACGGAACUGAUCUCGCUGCUGCUAGAGGCUCAGGCUGCUGUAGACAUCAAGGAUAACAAAGGCAUGCGGCCGUUGCACUACGCGGCCUGGCAGGGCCGGAAGGAGCCCAUGAAGCUGGUGCUGAAGGCAGGCUCAGCAGUAAAUGUCCCAUCCGACGAGGGCCACAUACCCCUGCAUUUGGCUGCCCAACAUGGUCACUACGAUGUGUCAGAGAUGCUAUUGCAGCAUCAGUCCAAUCCCUGCAUGGUAGACAACUCUGGAAAGACACCUCUGGACCUGGCCUGUGAGUUUGGCCGAGUAGGGGUGGUCCAACUGCUGCUAAGUAGCAACAUGUGUGCGGCCUUGCUAGAGCCCCGACCAGGGGACACCACUGACCCCAACGGCACCAGUCCCCUGCACCUGGCAGCCAAGAAUGGCCACAUCGACAUCAUCAGGCUCCUUCUUCAGGCCGGCAUUGACAUUAACCGCCAGACCAAGUCUGGCACGGCCCUUCAUGAGGCCGCACUCUGCGGGAAGACGGAAGUGGUUCGCUUGCUGUUGGAUAGUGGGAUCAAUGCCCAGGUGAGGAACACCUACAGCCAGACAGCACUGGACAUUGUACACCAAUUCACUACAUCCCAGGCCAGCAAGGAGAUCAAGCAGCUGCUUCGAGAGGCCUCUGCAGCUCUUCAGGUCCGGGCAACCAAGGAUUACUGUAACAAUUAUGAUCUAACCAGUCUCAAUGUGAAGGCUGGGGACAUUAUCACGGUACUUGAACAGCAUCCAGAUGGCCGGUGGAAAGGCUGUAUCCAUGACAACCGGACAGGGAACGACAGGGUGGGCUACUUCCCAUCCUCCCUGGGGGAGGCUAUUGUCAAACGAGCAGGUUCCCGAUCAGGCAGCGAGCCAAGCCCACCCCAGGGAGGUGGCUCACUGGGACCCUCUGCACCUCCGGAGGAGAUCUGGGUGCUGAGGAAGCCUUUUGCAGGUGGAGAUCGCAGUGGAAGCUUGAGCAAUGUGGCUGGGGGCAGGAGCGCUGGGGCUCAUGCUCUGCACGCAGGCUCUGAAGGAGUUAAGCUCCUGGCGACAGUGCUCUCCCAGAAAUCAGUCUCCGAGUCCAGUCCAGGAGAUAGCCCAGUCAAGCCUCCAGAGGGCUCUACAGGUGCUGCCCGGUCCCAGCCUCCAGCAGCCCAUGCUGGGCAGGUAUAUGGGGAACAGCCACCCAAGAAGCUGGAGUCAGCCUCGGCCUCAGAGGGCAAGAGUUCUGAGGCAGUCAGUCAGUGGCUUGCCACAUUCCAGCUACAGCUCUAUGCCCCCAACUUCACCAGUGCUGGCUAUGACCUGCCCACUAUCAGCCGCAUGACCCCCGAGGACCUCACAGCCAUUGGUGUCACCAAGCCAGGCCACCGUAAGAAGAUUACCGCAGAGAUCAGCGGCCUGAACAUCCCUGACUGGCUGCCUGAACACAAACCCGCUAACCUGGCUGUGUGGCUGUCGAUGAUUGGUCUGGCUCAGUAUUACAAGGUGCUGGUGGACAACGGCUACGAGAACAUCGACUUCAUCACCGAUAUCACGUGGGAGGAUCUCCAGGAGAUCGGCAUCACCAAGCUGGGACACCAAAAGAAGCUGAUGCUGGCAGUGAGGAAACUGGCGGAGCUGCAAAAGGCAGAAUACUCCAAGUAUGAGGGGGGACCCCUGCGUCGAAAGGCACCCCAGUCGCUUGAAAUGAUGGCUAUUGAGUCACCACCCCCAUCUGAGCCUGCUGCGGCAGAGUGCCAGUCUCCUAAGAUGACCACCUUCCAGGACAGCGAACUCAGCGGUGAGCUGCAGGCUGCCCUAUCGGGCCCAGCUGAGGCAGGUGCGGCUGCUGCUGAGAAAUCCUCCAACCACCUGCCGCCCACUCCGAGGGCCACCUUGCGGCAGGAGUCCAGCCUGAGCGGGCGGGCUCGGCACAUGAGCAGCUCUCAGGAGCUGCUGGCUGAUGGGCCCCCAGGGCCUGGCAGUCCUAUGUCACGAAGUCAGGAAUACCUGCUGGAUGAGGGGCCGGCUCCUGGCACUCCACCCAAGGAGGUGCGGUCUGGCCGCCACGGCCACAAUGUCAAGAGGGCCAGUGUGCCUCCAGUGCCUGGCAAGCCACGGCAGGUCCUUCCAUCAGGUGCCAGCCACUUCACACCCCCACAGACACCCACCAAAGCUCAGCCAGGCUCCCCUCAGGCCCUUGGGAGCCCUCAUGGUCCAGCCACAGCCAAGGUGAAGCCCACCCCACAGCUGCUGCCACCGACAGACCGACCCAUGUCGCCCCGUUCCCUGCCUCAGUCGCCCACACACCGUGGCUUUGCCUACGUGCUGCCCCAGCCAGUUGAGGGCGAGGCAGGGCCAGCUGCCCCAGGACCCGCAGUCCCACCAGUCCCGGCAGCUGUGCCCACACUAUGCCUGCCCCCAGAAGCUGAUGUAGAGCCCGGGCGGCCCAAGAAACGUGCCCACAGCCUGAAUCGCUAUGCAGCAUCGGACAGCGAGCCGGAGCGGGACGAGCUGCUGGUGCCUGCUGCUGCCGGACCCUAUGCCACAGUCCAGAGGCGUGUGGGUCGGAGCCAUUCAGUGAGGGCUCCUGCUGGCACCGACAAGAAUGUUAACCGCAGUCAGUCCUUUGCUGUGCGGCCACGUAAGAAGGGUCCCCCACCACCUCCACCCAAACGUUCCAGCUCAGCCAUGGCCAGUGCCAACCUUGCUGAUGAGCCGGCUCCGGAUGCUGAGACGGAGGACAAUCGCCUGGGGGUCCGGGCACAGCGCCGCCGAGCUAGUGACCUCACUGGCAGUGUGGACACAGGCAGUGCUGGCAGUGUGAAGAGCAUUGCCGCCAUGUUGGAGCUGUCUUCCAUUGGGGGUGGGGGGCGGGCUAUCCGCAGGCCCCCUGAAGGCCACCCCACACCUCGCCCUGCCAGUCCAGAACCGGGUCGGGUAGCUACUGUGUUGGCCUCUGUGAAGCACAAAGAGGCCAUUGGGCCUGACGGCGAAGUGGUGAACCGGCGCCGCACACUCAGUGGCCCAGUCACUGGACUUUUGGCCACUGCCCGCCGGGGACCUGGGGAACCAGCAGAGCAGAGCCAUUUUAUGGAGGAUGGCACAGCACGACAACGGCCUCGAGGUCCGGCCAAGGGUGAGCCAAGUGCGGAGGGCCCUCCCCUUGCUCAAGUAGAGGCCAGUGCCACGCUCAAGAGGCGCAUCCGGGCCAAGCAGAGCCAGCAAGAGAAUGUCAAGUUCAUCCUGACAGAGUCUGACACGGUCAAGCGCAGGCCUAAGGCUAAGGAGCGUGACACUGGGCCCGAGCCACCCCCACCUCUGUCUGUGUAUCAGAAUGGCACAGCCACUGUUCGCCGACGGCCAGCCUCCGAGCAGGCCGGGCCCCCAGAGCUGCCCCCUCCUCCUCCACCCGCUGAGCCCCCACCUGCUGACCUGAUGCAGCUGCCUCCACUGCCCCUGCCUGAUGGCAGUGCCCGGAAGCCCGUGAAGCCACCUGUCUCUCCCAAGCCCAUCCUGGCUCAGCCUGUGUCCAAGAUCCAGGGCUCACCUACACCUGCCUCCAAGAAGGUGCCACUGCCAGGCCCUGGCAGCCCAGAGGUAAAGCGCGCUCACGGCACACCACCGCCUGUGUCACCCAAGCCUCCGCCGCCACCCACAGCACCCAAGCCGGCCAAGGCUUUGGCGGGAUUACAGUCGAGCAGCGCCACCCCCUCGCCCGUACCCUCGCCAGUGCGCCAGCCGCCAGCAGCCCUUGUGAAGCCGGCUAGUUCACCGCCCUCGCAGAGCGCCAGCCCUGCCAAGCCUCCAUCCCCAGGGGCUCCCGCGCUGCACGUCCCCGCCAAGCCCCCUCGCGCUGCCGCUUCAGUGGCCUCCGGACCCCCAGUAGCUUCAGAUUGCGCUUCACCCGGGGACAGCGCUCGGCAGAAAUUGGAAGAGACUAGCGCGUGUUUAGCUGCAGCAUUGCAGGCAGUGGAAGAGAAGAUCCGGCAGGAAGAUGGGCAGGGCCCUCGCCCCUCCUCCAUCGAGGAGAAGAGCACUGGCAGCAUCCUGGAGGACAUCGGCAGCAUGUUCGACGACCUGGCCGAUCAGCUGGACGCCAUGCUGGAGUGAUGCAGCCACCCAUACGGGGGCCCACCGUAUUCCCAGCUCUGGCCCGCACUUUGAUCUUUUACCUCAGGAUGGGCACCUCCAAGCGGUGGGCGGGGGCCGAGUGGGCGGGGCUCGCCCAGCUCUGCACAAGCACAACUCCUACUCCUGGCCCAGGCUGGUUAUCAGCACCCUGGCACGGGGUUGGGGGGCGCUCCAAGGGCUCUGGGCAGAUAGGCUGCCCGCUGGUGCCCAUUCCUGUCUGCUGCUCCCUGUGCAACAAUUGCUGGGCCCUACCCUUGCAGGCUUUGCUCUGCUCGCGGAGGGCUGCUCCUCCCUUGCCCUAGGCAGACUGAACACCAAGGGAAGAUGAGGGGGGUGGCCACUGUGGCCCUCUCCCCAAUCUGUGGCAGAGCACAGGCCUAUGCCCAGCACAGAACUGCCCAUUGGGGAACCUCUGCCAGCCGCCCUGGCAUAGCACAAGGGACAGGGGGCCAAGGUUGGGCUCGCCCCACUGCACCCCAGAAUAUAAGCUAUCAAGAGUAUUAAUUUAUUGGGAAUGAGCUGAGGCAGAUUUCCCCAGAAAAACAAAAAAGAUAACUUUAACAAAUAUAUAUUUAAAGAGAAGAAAUAUUAUUGAUUCUAUAGAAACCAUUUACCAACAGAAAGGACACAAGUCCGACUUGAGACUAAAGCUGUCAGAGGUUAGACCACCUGUCUGCC